AUGGAUAUGAUCUCCGACGGAAGCGCCCACAUACUAUUCCCUCGCACACUACUGCCCCGGUGCGGUAUCCGUCUCGUCGUCGUUCCCUGGCAAGCGGACCCCAUACUCCAGCUCGACAGCAAAUCGCUCGUCCACGAGGGCAAAGGCGCCGCGAAAAUCGCCCCUUCUCCGUUCGGCGCGCCCCCUCGAACGGACGAGGCCCAGCUUCGAAAUUUCGCCGACCGCCACACGAGCAGCGUACCCUCCUCCAUCUACGAGAUCAAGCUUGGCGGUGAAGUCAAGCUGCCGACAGGCGUGUACGACGCGGCCGGAUCGCGCAUGAUUUAUCGAAUCGAGUGGCCGGGCUUCCGCGCGGGACGCGGAACCCCCUGUAGCAAUCGCCUGGGACCCGACGCAAUCGACACCGCACAUCCGCGUGUUUUCCCCGAAUACGUACCCCGAGACAUUGCCACGGCGCAGGUAUUCGGCGACAGCAAGGACUUCAUCCUGCACACCCCUACCUCGGACGACCACGACGGCCGCGUGCUCUACACAUCCCGACGGUCCGGCGCGGGGAACAAAUCGUCCCCGAGCGCCGGCCACCUCGUCUGGGCGAGCUGCGCGGGGCCUCUGACGUGGACCCUGCGCAAGGUGCGCGACGCCGAGAUGCCCAAGCACCAGCGGUGCAUCGUGCUGCUCGACGCGUACGACCGGCUCCUCGCCGUCGUGCGGGGCUCCGAGCUCAAGACGGCGCGCGGGGACGAGUUGCUCGCAGUUUUCCGCUGUGACCGGCGAGUCGUAGUCUACAUCCACAUACAAGCCCAGCCCAUCGAGCCCAUGUUCCAACCCCGAACAGCGGCCAUCAAGGAGCUCUCCACCGUCCGGGAUCUUCUCACUUGGUGGUACAUCUGGGAUAGGGAGUGCGUCGUCCGCGCCAUCGCCAAGCACUGCGUCCACGCCCUCGUGCUCAUCGUCGGCAGAAACGCCGCAGCGGCCGACAAGAUCGUCAGAGAAUGCCGAGAAUCGUCACCGACGUCGGAAUUUGAAUUUCUCGCCGAAGACAUCAUCCUUCUUCAAGGCGUCGACCGUGUCUGCGCCAAAAUCAGGGCAAGGGUAGACAAAGUUGACCUUUUGUUCAUGACUCCCGAUUUUCUCUCCUUUGCUAGUAGACAAGUAUCGAUCCUGGCACCAGUGUACGGCGAGGCAGGCUUUCACCUAGAUGACCUGGAUCUCAAGUCUCACUCUGGCCUACUAGUGGUCGGCAAGCCCAUCUUCUGGCUGUUUGGUCAGAGCUAUGAAGAAUGCGGCGACCGUAUGUUAUUCCUGUCUUUGACCUCCCAGCUCCCGUCUAGAGAUGCUUCAGCAGGCGCAAGUAGCAAGGCUGCUGGGAUCUUGCAAGUUGCCGGGGCCACCGGUGCUGAGGCCAUCCUCGUCGGCUCGGACGGGGAUAAGGGAAGCGGCGCGUAUUGCAUCGAUUCAGCUGUGAAAAGGCUGGAUAACGAAAAGAGACUAAAGGAUUUGAAAGCCAAGGGAGCCCGAGAAAUCGUGUGGGACCAUACAAUGGAGAUUUUUAGCCGGAUCGAUUCCCAGCCUUCUCCGUCCUCCUGA